GUAAGUUGCUUUCUAAGGCACAAAUUGGAAAGUACCGCAUCUGAGUAUAACAAAUGCGAUGCGAUUCUCUUAUCUCAUAAAAUUCCAAUUACUAUCAACAACUGCAUGACCCUUCGCCAAUGCAACUGUUCGUUUAUUCUGUUUCACAUCACCGCAGAAAAUGGACCAUUUUUGCAUUCUGUUAAUACUGGCACUAGUUUUACUGUUCACACAAGAAACCUUGCAAACCAGAUCAAACGUCCGGCGUGCAGUUUCCCAAUCCAAUCGACGAUAUCAGUGUGGUGUACGGAAGCGACAAGUCGAGGGCCUCAUAACCAAUGGAUCAAACACGAAACUCGGUGAAUGGCCCUGGCAUGGAGGAUUGUUUCAUCGGAAAAAUCGUCGAUCAAGGGAGUACAAGUGUGGAGCAACAUUGGUUCACCAGAACUACGUGAUCACCGCCAGCCAUUGCGUAGUGGAUCGGGAGAGUGGCUAUGAGGUGAACGCUGGAACUGUUACAGUUGAUUUUGGAUAUGUGCAACUGUUCAGUGCUUCAAGCCACGGUCAAUCGCAUACGGUGCAGGAGAUCAUCGUUCACCCGGAGUUUGCGAAAGACAGCAAUAAGCAUGAUGUAGCGCUGCUGUCGUUGAAAACGGCUGUGAGAUUCAGUGAUUAUGUGCUUCCAAUCUGUGUGGGGUUAACCAGGUCCGAGACAAACAUCCACGACAUCAUCGGGAAGCAGGGUGUAGUUGUGGGUUGGGGACUUACGGAGGAUGAUGAGAACUCUUCGGAUCUAAAGAUUGCCAAUCUGCCCAUUGUGGACUACCCACAAUGCCAAGAAGCUGAUCCUGAUCUUUUCGGUCCGUUGAUUUAUCCAGGAAUGUUCUGUGCUGGGUCAAGAGAUGGUACGAGCGUAUGCAACGGUGACAGCGGGGGAGGAAUGUAUGUGCAAGACGGCAGAAAGUGGUUUCUGCGCGGUAUUACAUCUUUCUCGGGAGCUCGUGAGGAUGGGAGCAAUAAGUGCGAUGUGAAUAAGUAUGCUGGAUUUGUGAAUGUGCAGUACUAUGCAUCUUGGAUUCGCGAGAUGAUUGAAGGAGAAGAUGAUGAUUUAACGGUUAGUGAGUCAUCGACUCAACGAACAACCACUACAACACAACCACAACGACCAUCCAACCAAUCCAACGGAUGGCCUGUGCCGGAAUCACCCAGAGAAACCACUAGCACAUUGGAGCAUACGAAUUAUAGGCACCGAGAAUCUUACUCAUCCUGCCCCAACGGACAGCCUUGCCUCGAAAUGGAAGUAUGCAACAGAGUUCGACCCCACCGUUUCUCUCCUUCGGGCCGACCGAGCUCAACCCAGCCUUGUGAAGUCACUGAGCAUAAUUCCUUCAGAGUCAUCAAGUAUUGCUGUCAGCUUUCGGAACCCGAUCGCUACGGUGGCAUGGAAAGUCCUGGAAGACCAUACGAUCAGAAAACUCUGUGCGGGCAGCGUCAGAGCAGCUCGCAUGUCACCGUUACUCCGAAGCCAGCUUUUCCAAAUGAAUAUCCUUGGAUGGUCAAACUGAAAAACUCGCAAGAUGUUUUUGAAUGCCAAGGGGCACUUGUUACUCGAAGUCACGUCCUCAUUUCAGCGUACUGCAGACCAAGAAAUGGAAUUACAUCUGCGCGUUUGGGACGAUUCUUGAGAGGAACUAACAGGUGCCCUGAUAAUCAUUGUGUGGAAAUUGCAGUAAAAUCGGUUAUCGCUCAUCCUCGCUUCGAUGCCGAUGUCGAUUCUAGUGACCAUUCUGACUUCAAUAUAGCACUAGCCGAAUUAGCGACACCAGUUGAAAUCAGUGAUUAUAUCAACACAAUAUGCUUCCUGAACCCUGAUUCCGAAAAAGAAUUCAAAUAUUUGAUUGCAGCCGGUUGGAAAAUCACAAAUUUCAGAAAAGACAUCUCCAUUCCUCAGAGAGCGGGAUUCGACACAAUAUCGGUGACAGGGAUUGCAGACUCCGAAGCUCUUCAGCACGUGUUGAUUUCAAAUGGUCCGGCAUAUUCAAACUGGCCUCAGGAGAUGUUUUUCUCGCAAGGAACACUGCUACAAUGGGUGGAUGAUGUCAAUGGUCAGGUGGGUCUUGUUGGAAUUGCAACGCACAAGGAUACUAGUGGAAACGAGACGUACAAGUUUGCCCUAGCGGUGCCCGAAAUAUUCGAGUGGAUCCUGAGCGUAGCAGGAAAUGACUAGAGGAUCAGCUACUAGAAGGUUGAAUUAAGUGAAUAGUACAACAAUUCAAUAUUUUAAAACAAUCUACUCGUAUUAGCAAAUAAAGUAAACCAAUUUUCCGUA